AUGAAAUUUCCAUGGAGCUCGCCUUCAGCUCCAGCAUCGCCAGCCGAGGUACCAGCUUCGCCCGGCAGGCAAUCUGGCCAUAGACGCAGCUUGAGCGGCAAUCUACUCGCCAAGUUCAACUUCCUCAAAGGCGUAGUUGAGGAUGCAAGACCGCCUUCGAGGGACAAGGAAUCACAAAAUCCUCAGACCUCCAAAAGUGCCAAGAGCUCGCGAAGCAGGAAGAGCGUCGACGACGAUGACGCGCCAGACUCGCCUGUUUCGCCGGAGAAGGGUAGCAGUGCAAUGGCGUCCGCGUUGAAAGCUACCAAGACGCGGAAGAGGAAAGGGUCUUUGCGCAAAACUGCAUUGCUUGGUACCCGCAAGCUCGUCACUGAGACCCGGGAGAGGAGGAACAGCGUGAUGCAUCGGAGCCCGUCUAGCAAGCAAAUAUCGACCCCGGUGCAGCCUGAAGAAGCACCUUCGACCACCCCCACGCAUCUCGGCUUGCCUGCUGCUCUUCGCCGCGAGCCAGAGGUUGGCAAUGGACUGCGUCACAAAUUUAGCUACGAAAACGUGACAGCCGCGAGCAGUAGUGAUAGUGGCUGGGGAGAAUCCGCCGCUGCCACAACCGCACGUCUUGCUCUCUUGACAGAUCACAGAGUACAGCAAAAGCCGUCCACGACCUUGUCUAGCCCGCUUGACUUGAAGAGCCCUGUGAGCAAUUCGAGCUAUGCCAGCACGACAGACGACGAUGAGGUCUUGACCUUCGAUCGCCCAGCUAACAGCUUCGCGAGCUCUCAAAGCCUGAAGAAGCCACUGUCUUCUGCUGCGAGUAGCUAUUUUCCAUCUGAGACUUCUAUCUUAGAGCCAUCUAUUUCUCGGCGAGUAAGCUCGAAGCAUCAAUCGUCACCGCUGUCGCAGGUGGCCAAUACGCAUUCUCCAUAUACUGAGCCAGAACCACACGACUAUACGGAAACGGAGUACUGGGGCUGGGUUAUCCUCUUUGUCACGUGGCUGACCUUCACGGUCGGCAUGGGAAGCUGUCUGGAGAUCUGGAGCUGGGCGUGGGAUGUCGGCGAGACACCAUAUGCACCGCCUGAGCUCGAGGACGACGAAACCCUGCCAAUUGUCGGCUACUAUCCAGCAUUGAUUGUCUUGACGGGAGUAGUAGCAUGGGUUUGGAUCACUGUUGCUUGGAUAGGGAUGAAGUACUUCCGACAUGCCAAGAUUGAGGUAUGA